GGCCAACGCAUGACUGGUUAUCCACCUCUGUGCGAGGUAUUCCUGUCCUCAACUCCGUGUGAAAGGCUUCGUCUAUAUCAGGAAUAAUUAGGUACUAAGUAGUCUUCAAUGUCGGACUCUUAGUCAGAUGUGUUUCUAGUUCAUUAAAAUCCCCGGAAUAUCUCUCCGUCGCAUGCCAUUGCAUUCUCUAUGUAGCCACCUCGAAUGAUACCCCAACCAAACCAAUGUCUCCUCAAGUCUCUUCAUCCGAUAGCCAAUCACGGUCUAUAGAGCGCGCCGAGCCUUUGAAGCCGACCGGCCGGCUACGUUCGGCGUGUGACUCUUGUCAUCGAGCCAAGAUUAGGUGUUCGGGAGGGAAUCCCUGCGUAACUUGCUUGGUCUCUCAAGCAAACUGCAGCUAUAGCCCAGGCAAUCGUCUCGGCAGACCAAAAGGAAGCAAGAAUAAGCGGUUCGUGGUAAAAGAAGACACGAACAGACGAGGUGAAGCACCCGGAAGCAAGUAUGCCAAAGGCACGGUUGAUAGACGGGUUUCAGAACCAGGGCCACGGGGAGAGGCACAGCAACAAUCGGACCCAAUGCCCGUAGAGUUUGAUCUUGGGCAUGGAUUUCACGCCGGCAUAACCGAAGACUUAUUCAAUCCGAGCUUUUCAUCUUUUUUCGACACAAUUGGAGGGUCACAUGUGCACACAAGUCCAGAAGGAGACUCGAAUGCAACAUUUACACGUAUUACCAACACUGAAGAUCAAUCACCAUAUCAAGACUUGGCUUUCGGAACUCCAAGUUCUGCAUGCGACAGCGGGUAUGCGACGACCACCAUCAGCUCAUAUGCGGAAGAUAUAGAAUCGCAAAGCACGAGAAGUGUCGCCUCAGCUCGUAGACAUAAACAUUUAGGUAUAGGACCACCUAUACCUCAGGAGCCGACUCACUGUUCAUGUCUCCAGCAACAGGUACAACUAGUUUAUCAGCUUGGAGAUCUCCAAUGUUCUGACGCUGGCAACCCUACUGUAGACUCCGUCCUUCGCGGAGUCCAGUUAGCUCAGAUUCCCUGGAAAGCUAUCAUGGAAUGUAAGCGGUGUCAAAGAGAAGAAGGUCAAAAGGAGGGGUUUCUGCUAUUUGCCACGAGCAUUCGCAUUCUGCUUUCUUUAUUUCAAAAGCUAAAUGCAAUAUCGCAUAGCGACGGUACUUUCCCUGAAAGUGCCGGCGGCCAGACUUUUCCCUUCGCCCUUGAUGUCGAAGUCUCAAUAGGUAAUUUCAAGUUGAUAGGUGGAACAAAAGAAGAAGUGGUUAGAGUAGUGAUCCGGAGAGCUUUACAGAGCGUUACAACUGCUCUUCUCCAUCUAUGGGAGCGUGUAGAUAGACCAAGACCAUCUCCAACUACUGAUCAAAGGGGCGGGGGAGGCACGGAUGCUGGUCCUGAAUCAUCUACCAACAUUCUUACUAGAAAAGAGACGGACUUACAAGAAUCGGGAAGCAGCGAUUUCCCACCAAAUUUCGGCGCGCAUGACAUAGGAGCUCUUCUCAAUAGUCUAUAUGCCAUUAUGCGAGCUAUAAAACAGGAUUUAUAAAGUCCUAUAUAUAAAUAUUAAGCCUGUAAUAUCCA